AUGGCUUUCUGGCUACAUUACAUCUUAGAGAGCAUAUCGCUCUGGGCGAUAUUCAAAUUGGGGCUUCUAGUAGCUCUAAGCUAUCUUGCUCCUCAUUCAAUAUAUGCCAUCUAUUUCCAUCCUUUAAGUCAAUAUCCGGGACCAAAGCUUGCCGCUAUAUCCCCAAUACCGCUCCUUGUGUGGGAGAUUCGUGGUAUAGUUCACUCAAAGGUCAAAGAUCUCCAUGACCAGUAUGGCGACGUGGUUCGCAUCGGCCCCAAUGCUCUAGUGUACCGGACCCCACAGGCAUGGAAAGAGAUAUACGGACAUAGGACGAGAAAAGGUCAAAGGACAUUUGCGAAGGAUCCUGCUCUCUAUGUCCCUACUCCUAACGGGGUGAAUGCAAUCAUUACAGCUCCGGAGUCUGAUCAUAUUCGCAUGCGACGGCUAGUCUCCCAUGCAUUCUCGGACAAAGCUUUGCGGGAUCAGGAGCCACUAUUACACACGUAUGCGGACUUGCUUGUCGAGAAGCUGCAGGCAUGUAUUGAAAGCUCGCGCUCGGGGGUCAUCGAUAUCACCAGAUGGUACAACUACACCACCUUCGAUCUCAUCGGCGACCUUGCCUUUGGAGAGCCAUUUGACUGUCUCAAGGAUAGCAAAUAUCACUGGUGGGUAUCCAUCAUGCUCGACGCCGUGAAGCUGAGCGUCUACCUCAAGAUCCUUUGGUUCUUUCCUUUCCUGGCUCCCCUGACGAAACUGUUGGUGCCGAGGUCCCUGCACCAGCGCCGAGAGGCAAGCUUCCAGUUGGUCGUAGACAAGGUCGAUCGUCGGCUGCAGCGCCAAACGGACCGUCCGGACUUCAUAUCCUACAUACUCAGGAACAAGGAUGACGAGAGCCGCAUGUCGCGCGAAGAGAUCGAUGCCAACGCUGCGACCUUUGUCCUGGCUGGUAGCGAAACCACGGCGGCGUUGCUUUCGGGUUGUACCUUCAAUCUCCUCAAAAACCGGCGUGUUUACGAGCGACUGGUGAGCGAGGUACGGGACAGGUUCCAAGACCCGGCGGAGAUCAGUCUCUCUUCCAUCGCUACGCUCCCUUACCUCAACGCCGUCCUCGAGGAGAGUCUACGGAUAUAUCCUCCUAUUCCCGCAAUGCUACCACGCCUUGUCCCCGAGGAAGGAGCAAUGAUCAACGGGGCCUACGUGCCCGCAGGUACCUCGGUCUCGAUAUCCCUCUGGUCUAUCUUCCAUUCGAGCACGAACUUCGCGGAGCCGGACGCUUUCGUCCCUGAGCGUUGGUUGAAGAACCAGGCAGACGAGAACGAGGCAGAUAAUCCAUUCGCAGGAGACAAGAAAGAAGCGCUCCAGCCGUUCUCGUACGGGCCUCGUAACUGUCUAGGUCAGCACCUCGCAAAUGCCGAGAUGCGUCUUAUUCUGACUAAGGUUCUGUGGCAUUUUGAUAUGGAUCUGUGUCCAGAAAGUGAGGAUUGGGCGGAGCAGGAGUCGUAUAACUUGUGGUGUCGGCCUGCACUAAACGUGAAACUUUCUGCUGCUGAUGGAGGGAACAGAGAGACUAUGAUGUGA